CUUAAGAGCGUCGUAAACGGAGCGGACAGUGGUGACUCUCAAAGUUUGAAUGGGCUCAGCUCUUACAGCCAAUGCCCUCUUGAUGUCAGGGCCCAUGGUAUAUACACUGUAAUCCUUCCGAUCAUGGAUCCCUUUCAAGUUUUCUGCGAUGCAAAGAUGGCGGGUCCAGGCUGGCUUGUGAUCGCUCGUCGAACAACUGGAGAUUUAAAUUUCUAUCGCAACUGGGCAGAGUACAAGCGGGGAUUCGGGGACCUAGCCGGCGAAUUCUUCAUAGGAUUGGAUAAGCUACAUGCCAUAACGAAGUCACAGACCCACCAGCUAUAAGUACACAUAGAGGACUACGAGGGCAACAGGCGAUAUGCCCAAUAUGAUGACUUCCUCAUCGGGAGUGAAAAUGAGGCAUAUCGAAUGUCCAAAUUGGGCGCCUUCACUGGUGAUGCGGGUGAUUCAAUGGCCAUAUGCAGGAAUCAGAAAUUCUCGACCUACGACAGGGACAACGAUGAUUGGCAGGAUGGAAGCUGUGCACACGCUCGCAUUGGUCCCUGGUGGCACAGAACUUAUUAUGAUAAUUAUAGUAGCCUUUUUGGAUUGCAUGUGGUGGGUACUGUGCCUGGACUGAGUUGGAAGGGAAUGAUGUGGCAGACUUUUAAACAAAAUUAUUCACAUAAAAAAAUUCAAAUGAUGGUUCGUCCAAAGUGAUCUUCCCU